AGACUGUAAGACAACAUGGUUGUACAUAACCCAAACAACUGGCACUGGAUAGACAAGAACUGUUUGCCUUGGUCCAAGGACUACUUCAAUGAAAACAUAAUAAAUACCAGUUUUGAAAAUGAAAAGUACAAAUUCAUAGUCACCGCUAUCGACUCAAUCACGGGUGAUUGUGAUGUCACUCAAAGAAAGGGAAAGGUCUUGUGUAUUUACGAUUUAAAGGUUCAAUUAACCGUUACUGGUGAAGUCAAACAGGAACAGAAAGACGAAGAAGCAGACGAAGAAGCAGACAAAGAAGCAGACGAUUCAAAGAAGGUCCAUGCCACUAUAACCAUUCCCGAGUUCGUCCAUGACCAGGACGAAGACGAGUAUGAAUUUGAAAUCAAUACUGCCUUUUACAAAGACGAACUCAAGAAGUUCUUCAUUCCUGUCUUGACUUCAAAGUUGGUCAAGUUCCAACCGGACUUACUUGAAGCUCACGCAAAGGACGUCCAACAUGCCUCGGGAUAAUUGCUGUUUAUAGACUGUUUAAUAAAAAAAAAAACCCACUAUUUAACUAUCUAUCCGUCAAAUCCUUCAGGUACCCCAGCGGCGUGCUUGGUACUACCAUCUCUUGAACCCAAGUAAAUUUCAACUAUUCCAGUAUCAUUAGUCUCGGGGGUUAAACUUAACCACGGUAUUUGUCCUUGUUCAAUUAAUUUCAAUAGUUUGUAAGUUUCAACUGAACUAUAAGGUAUACCUGUCGAAGGAUCAAAAUACUUGACUUCAGUACCGGAGAUCAUACAUGUCUUUUUAUUACCGUUAGGCAAGUAAAUACCCGUAGGUGCCUCGGUAGUGAUGUUGAUCUCGGCCGAUUCUUGUUCGACAUCUUCUUCAAUUGUUUCAACAACAUCUUGCUUGAUACCAAGUCGAGGCAAUUUCUUUAAUUCAUCAAAUAUGGGGUUCUCUUCGGUUAAUUUAUCCACCAGUUCAAACAAAUCAUCCGAUUCUUGUUUGACAUGUGCAUAAGGUUCAACCUUUCCGAUAUGUAAAAUUGUCUUGACUUCUUUAAAUCUUCUUGAUGCCGGUAAUAAUGAUUGUUUACCAAACAAAAUAGAUUUCAAGU